CGGCCACACGGACGGUGAGUGGCUAGCAGCCUCGUAGCCUCCGUACUACCUGCUGGCGGCUUCAUCUGGCUUCGCAUUGAGCACCGCGGCCGGUCGCGCAAUUCCAUCGCAGCGUCAAGAGUCAAGACGAUCGUUGGCGGGGUUGAAAUUGGAAAUUGGAAAUUGGAAAUUGCUGCUAGCCCUGCGCACCGGCACUGUCACCGUCACUGUCACCGUCACCGUCACCGCCGCCGUCGCCGCAGCGACACGACUGCCCAACAUGCCUCUCGUCCUCGUCUCAGGAUAUCCGUCCGCCGGGAAAACCACCCGCGCGCUGCAACUGAAAGCGCACUGCGAGGCCAAGAUUGCCGCAACAAGUGCCGACGCCCGCGCCAGCCGUCUCAAGGUGCACCUUGUCAACGACCAGACGCUGGGCGUGUCGCGCGCCGUCUACCACACGGCGAGGGCGGAGAAGGAUGCGCGCGCUGAAGAGUACUCGGCCGUCAAGCGCGUGCUCUCGCGCGACGACAUCGUCAUCGCCGACGGGCUCAACUACAUCAAGGGCUUCCGCUACCAGCUGUACUGUGAAGCCAAGGCCGUGUCGACGCCCAGCUGUGUCGUCCACAUAGGCACGCCCGCCGACAAGUGCCGCGAGAUCAACGCGGCGCUGCUGGCCGACAAGGACCGCGAUGGCGGCUACGACGAGGAGGACUUUGAGAACCUGAUCUUCCGCUACGAGGAGCCCAACGGCAUGACGCGGUGGGACAGCCCGCUGUUCAUCGUCGUGCCAGAAGACGAGACGGCGUGGUGCGACCAGGUCUGGGACGCGCUCGUAGGCAGCGACGGGAAGGCCAAGGUCGUCAGACCCCACCAGGCGACGGUGCUGAAACCAGCCACGGAGCAGAACUACCUCUACGAGCUCGACAAGACCACCUCCGAUAUCGUCACCCAGAUCACAACCUACCAGAAAGACCACCCGGGCGAAGGCGGCGGCCACGUCACCGUCCCCGAUGUCGACCGCCCCCUCGAGCUCCCCGCGACGCCCAUGACCCUCCCGCAGCUCCAGCGCAUCCGCCGCCAGUUCAUCACCAUGAACCGCUCGCACAGCUUCUCGAAAGCCCGCAUAAAGGAAGUCUUCGUCGACUUCCUCAACAGCGAGUUCCUGCGCUAGUCCACGGCCUUCUAUACGUAGGCCU